CUUGAUCACUGUGAGUGGUGUUGUCGAAAGGUAGACUCCAUUCGCGGACUGCGCGAAUAAAAAUAUUUACAUUUUUUGUGUCAACUGUUUGUUACCAUGGAUUUAACGGUGAAUCAAUUUGUUGACGGUCUACUAAGUAAGGAGGCUUAUGAAACUCCUUCAGAUUCCGUCAAAGAAGAAGAUUUGGAAAUGAAUUUGCCAGAAUGGUUUGAUGAAAAUCUAUAUGAUAGGGGUCGAAGUUUCUUCUGGAGGUUUAGCUUCGGGCUAGCAGGUGCGAUGACAUCAGGUCUAAUCUCUGUAUUCUCUGUGCCAACGAUACUGGAAGUGUUAGUGGGCUCACGACGAUCCUCAUCAAAGUACACGGCAUUCAAACGCUAUUUAUCAACAUUUCUGCACGUUAUGUCAUGGUUCCGAUAUGAUUUGAAGCCUGAUAGUGUUUCCUGGAAAUCAAUAUACGCAGUUCGGUCUCGUCAUUUGAGGAGCGGACGUGCGGCACGUUUGAAGAACAAGGGUACUGUUUCCCAACGUGAUUUGGCUCUCACACAAUUCGGGUUCAUCGGAUACGCGGUGCUUAAGCCUGAUCGUAUCGGCGUCACCCAGCAGGAAGCGGAUGAUUGGGAAGCAUACAACCAUUUAUGGAGAGUCAUUGGUCACUUGUUGGGAAUAGAAGACAGGUACAACAUAUGCCGUAAAAAUAUAGAUGAAACCCGUCAGGUUUGCCAAUUGAUACUGGACCGCGUGUAUACCCCGUGCCUGGAGAACGUACCGGAGUACUUCGAGCAUAUGGCGCGUGUUAUGAUGGACGGCAUGUGGGCGGUGAACGGCACCAUGGAAUCAGGGAGUCAGAUGUACUUGACGAAGAACUUGGCGAAUGUCCCCGGGUACAUUUUGACUGAAGCUGAGAGAAUUGAUUUACAAAGACGCAUUAGGGAGCAACUAAAUGGAAGACACCCUGAUAUUGGCGUGGAUUCAUCAUUAUUAGUAGAAAAAGCAAGAGUCGAGGGUCUACCGGAGAGGUCACCUCGGUUACUUUAUCUCAAAGACUACGAUACCUUGGACAAUGCGCCAGAAUAUAAGAAACUAUCGCUAGCCGCUAAAUACAAAUUAGCCCUUUUGUCCAUAUUCAUGGCAUUUUACAAUACAAAUAUUGGUCGAGUGUUAAUUAACGGAUAUUUUCUUUUUUCAAUUCACUUGACAGAAUAUUUUCCAUACGUAGCUUUUUUUAUAUACGGAAUUAAGAAUUCUUAUGUCAAUAUAUUUGUGGAAUCCCCCUUGGAUGAUACACCCGCUAAACCUAAUUCUGAAUACAAUAAGCCACAGACUACACCCUGGUAUAAUUCCCUACUGGCAUUUUGGUAAAUGUGCGAUAUUUUUUUAAAUUCAUGCGAUGGGACACAAACCUCCUGAAUGUGAAUCGCCUUACAUGACGUCAUCAAAUUAAAAAGAAAGAUAUAUUAAAAAACAGCACAGAUUAAUCUUUUUUUUUAAUUAUUUAUAUACAGGAUAAAUUACGUUCUUCUGACAAAGUAAAAAAAAAUCAACAUUUUUAAAUACAACAGGUAUUAAUUCUUCUGACAAAGUAAAAAAAUAUUGA